UCAAUAAAUAUUAAAAUAACGUGUGCAAACUGCCAUGAUCUGCCGCAAAAUAUAAUACCCGGUUACAGGUUGUCCUCCUGUUUGAGUGUGUUUGAGUACAUAGUGCUUAUGUACCGCGCCUGAUUUAACGGCAUGUACCGCAACGUCACACUCCAGUCGGCUAACGGUAGCAGUGCCGUGGAUUAUUUCGACUACAAUGGUUUUCCCCCCUAUAUUACGCACCAGCUAAAUGAUUGCAACCGUUAAAGCGUGUGUUGUGCUGUUAUCUUAUCAGGCCCAAGUUCUAACGAUAUCAAGCGGAUGAUGCUAACUUGUUAAGGCAAAUACUGCCGCUGCACAACAUUCAUUAAGGUUAGCACUGCGAGAACUUUUGCAUUCUCCAGGCACUUGAAUUUCAUUGCGGCACGGACGCCAGCAUUAUUGCUGUCCAAGCACCGAGCACCGCAACGCAAAUGGCGAGCGCCAGUACCAGCGGUUCCGUCACAUCUGGGGAAAUUGGCAGUAAUGUUACGUACCGGUAUACAGAUGCGGACAUUAUUGGAAGAGGAGCAUUCGGCGUUGUCUAUAAAGCCAGAAUUACAGGGGCGAACACCUAUUCCGGACCAGAGUUUCUAGCUGUAAAAGUGAUGCACAUAGAAAAAAUCCGAAGUUGUUGGCGACCAGGAACAUUGGAGCAAAACCGAGAGACGGUUGCGACAGCUGAAAUUCUUGCUGCAUGAGAACCUCGUAGUUUACCACAAAGUGUCUAUUACCCAAGCUGGCGGUUGGACAACCGUUGAGCUAGCAAUGGACUACCACCAUAAAGGGGAUCUUGCUUCCAUUUUGAAGGAUGGCCUGAGGGCCGAAUGGUUGUUGAACAGCUAUGCAAGUUUAUACCGUUUUACGGAAGACAUUACCCAUGGACUGGAAUUUUUACACGGGAAAGGAAUAAUUCACGGUGAUUUAAAGCCACAAAAUAUUCUUCUUAACGCUCUGCAGCGUGGCAGCGAGAGACUGGUGAUUGGGGAUUUAGACGACUUGGUGCAAAUUAAAGAAAAUGCAACUUGUUCUGGGGACAUUUCCCAGUUGCGAGGCACAGCGCGCUACAUGUCACCAGAAAUGCUCAGAAAAUUUUGGGGUUUAGAACCAGAGCCACCAGGACGAAAAACGGAUAUAUGGAGCCUGGGCUGUAUUAUUCUGGAGAUGGUCGAAACCUUCGAAAGGGUACCUAAACAGCGACUGGCGAAGAAUGGGGAUGUUGUAGAUGCUGGAAGCCAGCUCACUAAUUAUCAGUAUUCCACCUUGAUCGUCGACGGAUAUGUUCCAUUUGUGAGCAACGACAUUGAUAAGAAUUUAACCGGCAUCAUCAGAGAGUGUUUGGAUAUUGUUAGUGGAACCCGAAUAUCCGCCAACAAAUUAUUGCAAAGACUUCGAAAUAAAAGCGUCAUAGUGCUCCUCGAAUCAGGUGGUUAUGCGAUUAGCUCUCAAAAGUUCUGGAUAUUCGAUCCGUUAACACAUUCUGCCAAAGUGGAAGAGGUAUUCCACGAGCCGACAGCUUAUGACUUUAAAAGGACUGGCUAUCAACCGCCAUUAAUAGCUGCAGCCGGAGGAAGUAUUUUAUUCAUAGUAAAGGUGCUUGAUGAGGACAAUGGGACGGGAAGUAAGGCGAUAUUCCAUUUCUGGAACGUGGGCAAAAAAGAAUGGUAUACAUGUGUGCCAGUCCAUUCUGUUAAUACACAGCAACAUUUGCCGAUAUCGUCAGCGGUCAUUCCCUGCCGCUAAACGGUUCAUAAUACGCGCAACGCAUCAGCUACGUUAUUACGGUCAAACCAAUACAAAAAAUUCUCAAUAUUUUGACAUUUUAAACCAAUAUUUCUUCAAAUUGCACGCUAAGAAGUCAUCGAAUUUCGGGACAAUCUUAUCAGCAGCUUUCAUGGACUGUGUGGUUUUAUUGAUUUAAUUGCUCGCUGUUGCAUGUUCGUCAAGUGAAAG